GAUUUUACUCUUGCGUGUUAAUUUACACGUGCCUUAAAACAGCACGUCACUCGACCAUGCGUGUAGCAGAAUGGCGUAUGGAAAAGUACAGGAAAAACUGUUAGUUAGUCUAAGUUUUUCAACAUGCAUUAUUUUAAUAGAUUGCCUAAGUUUACUACCGUUAUCUGGAACGCAAAAAGCAAAGAAAGAGAGUAAAAUUAUAUCAGGACAACUCAUGUCAGACCGAGAGGGAUAUAAUGAGCUUUUGGCUGACUUGAAGUACCUCGGUGAAGACGACAGUGUUGCAGAGCAGCAGAAGAAAUCGAUCAUUGAAGGGCAACUAGUCAGUUCUUCUGAAGCAGCCUGGGAUGCCAUGUCUCCAAAGUUAAGGUGUGCUGAUGAUCUCAUGAAGUUGCAACUUAGUGGUCCAGAAGUAGCACAAAUUGAGCUUUGUCGAGAUAAUGGUGCGCCUGUUUCUCUCGCUGCGUUGCCGCCUCACUGUGGACGCACCUUUCCCACUUAUGGAGGUAUUGUCUAUGCUACACCUUAUGAUGGAUGUGGUGUCAUGCAACAGGGAGGUAAUUAUGUGGUGCAGGUUCAAUGGCAGGGAAACUCUGCAGUCAUUUCUUGUCCUGUGAUCUCUACAACUACAAAUGAAACUUUCCUUGGACCUCAUCCUCCUGCGUAUCUGCAGAUUCUACUGCCUCCCUCUCCUCCUGAUACACUGAGUUCAGCAGCAGACACAACACCAGAACCGUCUACUCCUGAAACUGAACAGGUGAAUAGCCUAACAGGUGAACAGCCUAAGCCCACAUACCAAGAAGUGCUCAAACCUCAACCUCAUGGGUACCCUCAAGCAUUUCCGCAAAGAUUUUGGCCUUACUACUUCUCUCAUUACCAUUAUCCUGGCAAGGUUUAUCCCACAGCUAAGCCAACAGAGUCAAUUGCCCAAGCACCAACCCAGAAGCCUCAACUUCCAGGAUAUCCCCAAGUGUUUUGGCCGUUUUACCAUAAUGGCAAACCAAAGCCCCCAGAGAAACCAGUUCCAACCUCUAUCCCCACCACGUCAGUUGCCCAAGCACCAACCCAGAAGCCUCAGCUUCCAGGAUAUCCCCAGGAGUUUUGGCCAUAUUACUAUCAUGGCAACCUAAAGCCCCCAGAUAAUCCAGUUCCAACCUCUAUCCCCACCACGUCAGUUGCCCAAGCACCAACCCAGAAACCGCAACUUCCAGGAUAUCCCCAGGCGUUUUGGCCAUAUUACUAUCAUGGCAACCUAAAGCCCCCAGAUAAUCCAGUUCCAACCUCUAUCCCCACCACGUCAGUUGCCCAAGCACCAACCCAGAAACCGCAACUUCCAGGAUAUCCCCAGGCGUUUUGGCCAUAUUACUAUCAUGGCAAACCAAAGCCCCCAGAUAAUCCAGUUCCAACCUCUAUCCCCACCACUACAUCAGUUGCCCAAGCACCAACCCAGAAGCCUCAACUUCUAAGAUACCCCCAGUUGUUUUGGCCAUAUUACUACCCUCAUUACCAUCAUGGCAAACCAAAGCCCUCAAAGAAACCUGCUCCAGUCAUCCCCACCACCUCCCGAUCAAGUUCGCCAACAACAACCCAGAAGCAACCCCCGAUGUACCCUGGAGAAAUAUUUCCUCAGUAUAAUUAUUACCCCAAUUAUCCUCUUUAUUUCCAAGAGUUUUAUCCACAAUACCCAGUGCAGCCUCCCAAAACCCCUACCACAGCUGCUGAAUGCAAACCAUCAGGCAACCAGCCUCCCAAUGAGCCACCCUAUGUCUAUAUACCAUCCAGUUCUACGCUUUAUGAAAAAGACCCCUUUGCACUUCAAUUUGUGGACUUUUCAGAGUUUGCUGACUCUUUCCCAUGAGAAUUUUAAUAUGUGAAGUCUGGGUACCUAUUUAGAAUUAGGUUGGUAAUGCACUGCACAUGGCUUUAAAAGACUGCUUCCUGCUUUAAUGCUAAUAUAGGCUGAGUGUGUAUGGAGUGACUGCAUUGUGGUUCUUGCUCAUAACAUGCUGGUGUGCUUCAUUCUGUCCCAGUUCUCUUUAAUGUUUCAAUAAAUAUGAUCAAAUAUCCUUUCA